AUGUUUAUGUCAUUAAAAGGAUUGGCAAAAAUGCCAAUUCGAGCUACACAAGGUAGCGCUGGGUUUGACAUUUUUGCUAUGGAAGACGUGUAUUUAUUAAAGCGAGCAACUGUUAAAGUGCCUACUGGUAUUCGAAUGCAAAUUCCUGACGGCGAUUAUCACGGAGAAAUUUGUGUUUUGUUAAAGAACAAUAACGACCGUGAGUUUGUAAUUAAAACAGAUUUAGCUAUAGCUCAAUUAGUAUUUUUGCAAUGUUUUUCGCCACAACUUUUCAUUGUUGUUCCAGAAGAGGAGUUAACAAGCACAGGAAGAGGAAUUGGUGGAUUCGGUUCAACUGACUGUAUGCAAAGAAUAUAA